AUGUGGAGUGAUUUAAUGUAUAAAAGCAUUAAAAAGUAUUUUCAAUUAUUGGUUAUUUAUUGCAUCAGCAAUAAUUUGGCGGUAGUGCAAGGCAAAUAUUUGGAGGAUAAUUAUCCAAAAACAGUUAUAGAAGAUGCACAUUUGGAUACGGCUCAACUUAUUGACAAAUAUAAGUAUCCGGUGGAAACUCAUUAUGUCACCACUGAUGAUAAUUAUAUCUUGCGUAUGCAUCGUAUACCAAAUCCCAAAGCACCUCCAAUACUACUUAUGCAUGGCCUGCUAGACAGUUCAGCCACCUGGGUUAUGAUGGGACCUAAUAAAUCACCAGCUUAUUAUUUCUAUGACAAUGGCUACGAUGUCUGGCUGGGUAAUGCUCGCGGUAAUCGUUAUUCUCGCAAUCAUUCAACCCUCAAUCCGAAUAGUGAUCAAGAGUUUUGGAAAUUUAGUUGGCAUGAAAUUGGUUUGUACGAUCUACCCAUAAUGAUUGAUCAUAUUCUGGAAGAAACUGGUUUCAAAAAAAUUGGCUACUUUGGUCAUUCCCAGGGUACUACGGCCUUUUGGGUUUUAUGUUCUCUACAGCCACAAUAUAAUGAGAAAAUAACCGUGAUGCAGGCCCUGGCUCCGGUGGCAUAUUUAAAACAUGUUAAGACACCUUUGGAAAGACAUUUUCGUGAAUUUGCUAAAGUUUCCAAAGAUCGAGUAACAGAAUUGUUGCCUCACAACGAAUUGAUGUUUCAGAUGUGUUUCACUUCAAAAUUAACUGAAGAUAUGUGUGUGCAGUUUUUUAAUCAGCUGCUGGGAAAUGAUGGCGAUCAAACAAAUGCGACCAUGUAUCCUGUCAUUAUUGGCCAUGUGCCGGCUGGUUGUAAUCUCAAACAAUUUGUUCACUAUCUCCAACUAGUACAAAAUGAUCGUUUCUGCCAAUACGAUUAUGGACAUGAAGAAAAUAUGAAACGAUAUAAACAAUCUUCACCGCCGGACUAUCCUCUGGACAAGGUUACUGUGCCUGUAGGCUUGCAUUAUACUUACAAUGACUAUUUAAGCAGUGAUGUAGAUGUUAAAAGGUUGGCUAAGACUUUACCAAAUGUCGUGGAUAACGUUCUGUAUCCAUAUAAGACUUGGAAUCAUGUUACUAUGUUGUGGGGUAUAAAUUCCAGAAAAUUGGUUCAGGAACGUAUGUUGGAGUUAUUGAAAAAAUAUGCUUUCGAAUAG